UUCACAUUUUUCUCAAUAUAUCGGCGGGGAAACUUCAAAUUCUAUUACGGAAAUUAAUUUCAAAACUUGUGCUGUCUCUUGGGGGCACACAUACAAAAUUGCAGAAAAAAUGCCCAGAAGAUGUUAACCAAAAUUAUACGUAAAUAUGGCAGCGUGUAUCUGAAGCACGGGUGUCCUCCUCCUCCCUAUUCCUAUGGGGCGCCACACCGUCCACUGCACAAUUGGGACCAACAGAAUGCGGCGCACGAACAGCGUAAGAAGGCCAUACCAAAGCUGGUGUAUCUGCACAAUCCGUGGAAGUAUCUGAUGACAAAAUUCAAUCUGUGGAAACUCAAGUGGCUGUGGGAUCCGAAAUUCUGUGAAUCGGAUUUCAUCGAGGGGUCCAAGCAGGCGGCCGUCGUCAUGACGGACAUCAUUCGGCAGCAGAGCUCCGAGAAGAUCAGCGAUUAUACAACGCCGGUGGGCUUCCAGCAGAUCACCCGCGACAUGCUGCUCUCCCGCGACGACAGUCGGCUGCAGUUGGUCCGCUUCCAGAAGGAGCACCUGCGCCGUGCCAUUCCCAUGAAGGUGGCUCGACGCCAGAACUUUGGGCGGAAGUAUGCCUUCAUCGAUAUGCUGUUUGUGGGGCUGCGCAACACCAAGGACUUUGACUCCACCUCGGAGGUGGUGGAGGUGAACGAGAUCAUCCGGCGGAUGGACAACGAGCUGAGGACUCCUCGCGAAGCGCUGUCCGUGCCGCAUCGCAUUGUCUUUGCCGAGAUCUUCAUACGAUUUCGGCGGGACUACACCGCGGAGGCCAGGCACAGCCUAGAGGCAAAGCAUCAGAUGGCGCCACCGGGCUACCCCUUUACACAUCAGUUCAAUGCGCCAUUCUCGCCCCAGGCAGCGCUCUCCAAAGCUCUCGAUCCACAAUCACAGAUCACGCAACCACCAACAGCGGAAACGAUGGCGACGAGAUCCACCCAGAAUCCGGCUACGGCACCGCUGCCCCAGACGGGCCGCAUUCUGCCGCGCAUGGACGAUCCCGGCUGGUCGGUGUCCUUCUACAAGAUCCUUACCUUCGAUGUCCUCAACUACGAUCCCGAGCGCAAGGCAAAACGCUAGCCAAUUAAAACGGAAUGUCACUUAUUGUAAAGGGUUUCUCCCGGUGUAGCUUGAAUAAAGCCCGUUGCUAAAAGCUAA